UGUAAAGUAGAAUGCAAACGGCUGUAUUUUCUAUACACUCGACGCCACUGGUACAUAGUGUGUAGAACCGAAAAGCACAGCAAUUACAUCCAACGGAGCACGCAGAAAGGAAACAGCAAGGAAAACUGUGAAAAGUGAAGUGAAAUAGACAAAUCAGUGAUUAUGAAAUAAGAGAAAAGCAAAUUCAAUUUGAACCUGCUUUAGAGACCAUUUGCAUGGUUAGUUAUCGGAUUCAGAUAAAACAUUUCAAGAUCAAUAUUCAAUUAUUGGUUGUGUUGGCAUGUUAAGUGUGUUCGAUGCCGGUGCGGUUAAGUGUCGUCUAUGGCCGAAUCCGUUAAAAGUCAAUCGCUCUCUGCAUUGACGGAGGGGCAGCACGACGACGGUGGUUCAACAGCAACAUCAGCGACAUUGGUUAAUAAUACCAGUGCGACCUGCACCGCAAUUUCAUCCAAUCACUCGUCCCAGCGGCGACGCAAUAACAACACAAGCAGCAGCAGCAAGGGCCACAACAAAAACAGGAAACACAACACACCGGCAACAUCAUCGGGCCCUGCUGUCAGCUCCUCCGUCGACAUAGUAGCCACCACCUCGACUUCAACUGCAACCACCUCAACCCGGCGAUCCCGCAGUCAAGGUCGCCACUCCUCUGCAGCAGCCCACAGCAGCAAGGAGUCGCAAGUCUCCAAGCGCACGACAGUAACGCAUCGUUCGCCAUCAUCGCCAGCAUCCAACUCCAUCUCGAUCGUGAGCGAUCAAUCGCUUUCACCCGGCAGUCGUAAGCGCCAGCAUCAUCAGCACAACAGCGGCAGCAACCACACUCGCAGUAGCAACCAACCAGCUCCCGGCGGAGAUCAGUUGGUGGAGCAUUGCUCGCCGCUUAAGAAACGCCGCUUGCAGCCGACGUUGGGAUCAGAAGUCAGCGGGGGAGCAGCAGGAAUUGGCUUAGCUACAGUAAGCACCGACCAGACGCCUCGUCAAGCCUCCGGAGACUGUGUUGCGCAGCGCACUCGAUCUAAGACCAUUUCCCCGGAGGAGCUGCCGAGUACAAGCAGCGCUGCGGCGGCGCGCCAUCAACACCAGGUUCGGGCCAGUGCCAGCUCUACCAGCUUCCCGACCAGCAAUCGGAACAAGCGCAAGGCCAGCGUUGGCGGAUCGGGAGCUGUAGUUGAUACCACUCCCCAUCGAGGGGCAGCAGCUGCUCGCGCCGGACGCAGCGGCAAUCUGCUGAAUUACUACAGAAAAACGCGCAAGGUCAGCCACACGCGCUCCUCCCAGAAGCCGGAAAAACAGACGGUGAAAGCGGAGGAGACUGUCGCCUCUAGCCGGAACGGAUCAGCGGGAUCCGGAUCCAGCAGCAAGUCAGGUGUCAUCAGCAAGCACAGAAAGAGCCUGCGCCACUCGCAGCAGAAUCUGCAGGACACAGAGAGGGAAGGAACAGAAGAACCUGGUGCGGAGGGCAAAGCGGAGGAACAGCAGCCGGUACACGUGAAUCUGGACGUGGAAGACCAGCUGCCGACCCUCGAGACGGCUCUGACUCAACCAGAGGCAGCAGUAUCCCACAGCCAGGGACACUUAGAGGCGGAGGGCCAGCCCGAGGAGCAGGACAACGACGACGACGAGGAGGACGAAGAAGAAGAAGAGGAGGAAGAGGAGGUGGGCUUCUACGAAAUAGUGAACUCUGCGGGCUCGUCGUACGAGGAAGACCCCCAGAUUGUUGCCGAGGAGGACGAGAUCACAACGGAGGAGGACGUUGACGACGAGGAAGACGACGACAUCGAGGAGGACGAAGACAUCGAGGAGGAAGACCUCUCAGAGAGCGAAUUCGCCCAGCAACUGAUUGGUGAACUUGGUGGAGCAGAACAACAACCACACCGUGCCAGCAACACCAUAAAAACAACAAAGAACAGCACAGCAGCAGCCGCAGCAGCAGCAAGCACUGUAAAGGCAGCAACAACAGCAACAACGUCGUCCGGCUAUCAGCAACGUGCCGCCCCCCAUGGACAGGGGGCGGGGCCAGGAGCUGGAGGGGGGCCACGUGCCACGCGCAGCAGCAACAGCAACACCAGCAACAACGUUGUUGACUACAGCAUUAUGCCGCACCUUACGACGGCCGCAACAACCACGCCAUAUGCCUUGACACCGCAGCAGCAGCAGCAACAACCGUCACAACCUCCGUUGCAACAGCAACAACAAGCACACCAACAACAACAACAACAGCCACCUCAGUUGCUGCCCACACAUCAGUUUGCACACUUGUCUUCCUUUGUGACACCAACAGCAGCGGCAGCAGCAGCAGCGGCAGCGGCCCACUAUCCCCCGGCUUCUGCUGCUGCCGCUUACUUUGCACAGCAGCAACAGCAACACCAUCAGCAUCAUCAGCAACAUCAGCAACAGCAACACGUGCAGCAGCAGCAGCCCCAGCAGCCGCACUAUUACCAUAGUUCUGUGGCCGUGUUGCAUCAACCUCCACCGCACCAUUUUACCUCCACAGGGGCAGGACCGCCGCCAGCACUCUACCAGCAACAGGCACCGCCGCAGCUAACCCGCUACACGCCGUCAACAGCCACUACAGCAGCCACGUUUGUGCCUCCGCAGCAGCAGCAGGUUGCCUACAAUCCGCAACAGCAGCAGCAACACUCCUCACUGCGACGCAGUUCACGUGGCAAGACGGGUUCUUGUGUGAGUUCAGCAGCAGCAGCACAGCAGCAGCAACACCACCAGCAGCAACAGCAACAUAGCAACGCUGCUGCUGCUGUACAGCAGCAAUUGCUGCCACCGCCUGGUACCUAUCAAUACCAACAGGUGGGCGGCAAUACCGUUGUAGUUGCCGUGCGUCAUCAGCAACAGUUGCAACAGCAGCAGCAGCAGCAACAACAGCAGCAACUGGCUUUACAUCAGCAACAACAGCAACAUCAGCAGCAACAACAGCAGCGUGCCACGCUCGUGCAGCCAGGAUUCUUGUUCAGCUAUCGCAGCAAUCAUCCGCAGCAGCAACAGCAACAGGCGCAACAAAUACAUCCGGGUCCCAAAGUGACGCAUAGCAGUGCAGCUUCGGAUGCUUUAACAUAUAGUUUGAUGGCACAACAACCGCCAAGUGGACCGCCGCAUGCAGGUGGACAGCAAAUAACGCCAGGUGCCAGUUCAGCCAAUCUAAGCAUUGUAGCAGCCGCUCUGAGUGCCGCACGUGACGUCGGAGGUGGAACCGGCGGAGGUGGAUCAGCAGGAGGAGCCGGAGGAGCAGGACCAGGCAUAGGAGCAUCAGCUGCAUCCGGAGGAACCACCAGCGCCGUGGGCGCGACCAGCAGCAGCAACAGCAGUGCCGGCCAACCAGCCAGCAACAGCAGCAGCAACAAUGUGACUGCAGCGGGUUCAGGGUCGACUCCGGGCGGAGGACCCACUACCACCGGUACAAGCAGUGCCAGUCAGCAUGGCAGCGGUUCCGGUGGAGCUGCCGCCGCCGAUUCGGAGAGUGAUGAUAGUGAGGUGGGCCGUCUACAAGCAUUGCUAGAAGCUCGCGGACUGCCUCCCCAUUUGUUCGGAGCCCUUGGCCCAAGAAUGACUCACAUCCUUCACCGCACCAUUGGUAACAGCAGUAGUUCCAAGGCCAAUCAACUUCUUCAAGGACUGCAGUCCCACGACGAAUCCCAGCAGCUACAGGCUGCUAUCGAAAUGUGCCAGAUGCUAGUGAUGGGAAAUGAGGAUACCCUCGCCGGCUUUCCUAUCAAGCAGGUGGUCCCUGCACUAAUCCAACUCCUUCGAAUGGAGCAUAACUUUGACAUAAUGAACAAUGCUUGUAGGGCAUUGGCAUACAUGCUGGAAGCUCUGCCCCGAUCCUCGGGCACUGUGGUAGAGGCUGUUCCAGUUUUUCUGGAGAAACUUCAGGUUAUACAGUGCAUGGAUGUGGCGGAACAAAGUUUAACCGCGUUAGAGAUUCUCUCCAGGCGUCACAACAAAGCCAUUCUGCAGGCAAAUGGUAUUUCGGCUUGCCUAACCUAUUUGGACUUCUUUUCGAUUGUGGCUCAGCGAGCGGCCUUGGCGAUAGCAGCUAAUUGCUGCCUUAACAUGCAUCCAGAGGAAUUCCACUUCGUUGCGGAAAGCUUGCCUUUACUAGCUCGCCUACUUUCUCAGCAGGAUAAAAAGUGUGUGGAGAGCGUGUGCUCUGCUUUCUGCCGGCUGGUGGAGAGUUUUCAACACGACAGCCAGCGUCUACAGCAGAUCGCCAGUCCAGAUUUGUUGAAGAACUGCCAGCAACUACUGCUGGUCACACCAGCCAUCCUAAACACAGGAACUUUCACAGCCGUGGUUCGGAUGCUGAGUUUAAUGUGUGGCAGCUGUCCGGAUUUGGCAAUAUCUCUGCUUAGGAACGACAUAGCGGCCACCCUGCUCUAUUUGCUCACUGGAAAUGCUGAGCCGGCCGCUGCCAGUGCCACGCAUGUUGAGCUAGUCUCACGCUCACCUUCAGAGCUGUACGAACUCACCUGCCUUAUUGGUGAACUGAUGCCGCGUCUACCUUUGGAUGGCAUUUUCGCUGUGGAUUCUCUGCUGGACAGGCCCACGCUAAACACCCAGGAUCAGGUGCACUGGCAGUGGCGAGAUGAUCGCGGUUCCUGGCACAAUUAUUCCACAAUUGAUUCGCGGCUGAUUGAGGCCGCCAACCAGAGCAGCGAGGACGAAAUCAGCUUGAGCACAUUUGGACGCACCUACACUGUGGAUUUUCAUGCCAUGCAACAGAUUAACGAGGACACGGGCACCACACGUCCCGUUCAGCGUCGUCUCAACCACAACUACGUGGCCCCCAUGUCAGCGGGGCAGGACUUGACCACCAACGCGGCGGGAUCAGCGGCUUCGGGAGGGGCAUCCACCUCCGCUGCUGCUGCGGCAGCAGCCUCCAAUAACAACAAUAAUAAUCCACCAGGAAGUAGUGGAAACCAAGUGAAGCGACGCCCAUCACUGGACGCAAGAAUCGCAUGCCUCAAGGAGGAGCGAGGUCUUGCUGCCGACUUUAUCAAACACAUCUUCAAUGUGCUUUACGAAGUAUACAGCUCGUCGGCCGGACCGAAUGUGCGCUACAAGUGCCUGCGCGCCCUUCUUCGGAUGGUUUACUACGCCACGCCGGAGUUGCUGCGGCAGGUGCUUAAGUAUCAGCUGGUCUCCAGCCACAUUGCUGGCAUGCUGGGCAGCAACGACUUGCGCAUCGUGGUGGGAGCCCUUCAAAUGGCUGAGAUCCUAAUGCGCCAACUGCCUGAUGUUUUUGGCACUCACUUUCGUCGUGAGGGAGUUAUCUACCAGUACCAGCUGACGGACCCUAAUAAUCCCAUAUGCGCGAAUCCCUCGCCAAAACCGCUAAGCACAACAGCAACACCGACAGCCAAUGCAGGCGGGUCACAAUGCCCGGCCUCCGCCAACAGCCUGCAAGUUAAUCCCUUCUUUAUGGAUAACGCUCCGGGAUCGUCCAGUGCUUCCACGACACCCAGCAGCAGCAAGCAUCAAUCGUACAGCGUAAAGAGCUUCUCGCAUGCCAUGAACGCUCUGACGGCCAGCGCCAAAGGAACUCCUGUAGGAGCGUUAGACGCCUCAGGAACCUCUGCUCCAGCUGGUGGUUAUAACUACAGCAGCUCAGCGCCGUCUUCAUCCUCGACAGCUGGAGGUUCCGCUGGGUUCUUUGUGGCACAGCAGGGGGAUCCACGCCAGUACGUGCACUUCCAGCAGCCGGCAGUUCCACCACCACCACCGCAGUUGGAGCUUUUACCAACUGGACCUCAGCAACAAGGGCAGCAGGUGCCUCAGGUCAUCUACCAACCACAGCAGCAACAGCCGGCCCAUUUGGUGGUGGCUUCCACCAGCAGCGCCGCUGCAUCAUCUUCGUCCUCGUCCUCCUCGUCCUCAGCCUCGGCGCUGCAGCACAAAAUGACGGACAUGCUAAAGCGAAAAGCGCCGCCCAAGCGAAAGUCGCAAAGCAGUGGUAGAGCCAAAUCGAGGCAAGACGAUGCCGCAGUUGCAGCAGCGGGAUCUGGAGCAGGAGGAGCCCCACCCGCCUCAGCCAGUUCGGCUAUGCACGAACUUCUUAGCCGUGCCACAAGUCUUGGUAGCGGCACCGGGGGCAGAAGUACCCCCAGCUCAGGCGGUGGUUCUGGAAGCUCCAAGUCUCGCUUUAAUGCCGGAAACUCGACCAACGCCGGGUCGACCAAAUCAUCGUUCCUGGCAUCGCUCAAUCCGGCUCGCUGGGGCCGCCAGACUGCACAUCAUCAUCACCACCAUCAGCAGACGCAGCAGCAUCACGGCCUUUCCAAAGAUUCCGGAAACGCCAACUCAAGUGGAUCCGGUUCUGGAGCUGGCUUGGCUUACACAGUGGGCCAACAUGGCGGUGGAAGUGGAGCUGGAGGACUGAACGCAGCAGCAGUUGCGGCAAGUAUCAGCAAGAGUAUCUCCCACGCCAAUCUCCUAGCUGCGGCCAACAGGGAAAGGGCACGCCAGUGGGUGCGAGAGCAGGCUGUAGACUUUGUGAAGCGCUACACUGAGCAGGAGGCCAGGCGGAGUAAGACUGCCCCAGAAAGUGGAUCCACUCAGAGCGGAAGCAGCGGAGCGGGAAUAUCUUCGACAGCCAAUACUACACUGUCUACGGCGGGCAGCACCAACGUCUUGGAGCGUCUGUCCAGCAUUCUGUUUAAGCUCAAUGGGAGCUACCACGACUGUCUGGAUGCUCUCCUCGAGCUGAAGACCAUUCUUUUGGAGAGUGAUAUCUCUCCGUUCGAAGUGAAUCAUUCGGGCCUCAUCAAAGCCAUGCUCAACUAUAUGACUAGCGAGACAGGAUUGGUAGAGCGCGAUGCACGCCUGCGCAGUUUUAUGCACGUAUUUGCCGGGCUGCCGUUGGAGCCUUUGCUCCAGAAUGUCGGACAGAUGCCCACAAUCGAGCCGCUGGCGUUUGGCUUUGUGGCCAAGUUGAACGGUUGCGUCACGCAACUAGAACAGUUUCCUGUCAAGGUGCACGACUUUCCCGCUGGUCCUGGAGGCAGGUCCAAUCAGAGUGCACUGCGUUUCUUCAACACUCACCAGCUAAAGUGCAACCUGCAGCGUCAUCCACAGUGCAGCAAUCUUCGUCAGUGGAAAGGCGGCACUGUGAAGAUCGACCCGCUGGCCAUGGUUCAGGCCAUUGAGCGGUAUUUGGUGGUGCGCGGAUACGGUGGCAUCCGAGCCGACUCCGACGACGACAGUGAGGAAGAUAUGGACGACAACGUAGCAGCUGUUGUGAUGACACAGGCGGGCUUUAAGCACAAGCUGCAGUUCACGAUCGGGGAUCACGUAUUGCCCUACAACAUGACCGUCUACCAGGCAGUUAAGCAGUUCUCGCCGCUGGUCAGUGAACAGCCGGAGACGGACAACGAGUCGGAGACGCUUUUAGGAAAUGCCAGCAUAUGGGUGCAGCAGCACACCAUUUACUAUCGCCCUGUAGAGGAGGAAGUGGCCUCGGGAGCGGCUGCGGGAGCCGCUUCUAGCAGCAGCUCGUGUAGCAGUGGCGUACAAAAGCAGCAGAGCACCUCAAGCUCCGCCUCUAGCUAUGCAAAUGCUUCCACCUCGUGCUCUUCUUCGUCGGGAGUGGCCAGUGGUGGAGGAUCCUCCUCGAAGAAGGCCCACAAAUCUAGCAGCAAGUUUAUGCGCAAGAAGACUGAGCUAUGGCACGAAGGAAUAGCUCCGGGAGUGAUUUCAGCUCUUAAGCCAUUCCUCAGCAGCUCGCUUCCAGCUGAUGUUGUGACAGUGCAGGAUUCCUCGCUGGAUGCACUGUGUAUGCUGCGAGUUAUCCACGCUCUCAAUCGCCACUGGGAGCAUCUAUACGGGUGUGUGGUGCGCCAGAACAUUAUACCCCAGGCGGAGUUUGUACACCCGAAGAUCACGGCAAAGGCGAAUCGUCAACUGCAGGAUCCCCUUGUCAUCAUGACGGGGAACCUACCGCAGUGGCUGCCCCAGAUAGGCAUGGCCUGUCCGUUCCUCUUCCCAUUCGAGACGCGACACUUGCUUUUCUACGCUACCAGCUUCGAUCGGGAUCGCGCUUUGCAGCGUCUGCUGGACACCACGCCCGAUCUGAAUGCAGCCGAGUCUUCAGAACGCGUGGCUCCUCGCCUUGAUCGCCGCAAGCGUGCGAUUUCCCGUACGGAGAUACUCAAACAGGCUGAGCACAUCCUUCAGGACUUUGGCCACUCUAAGGCUUUGCUCGAAAUUCAGUAUGAGAAUGAAGUUGGCACGGGUCUGGGACCUACACUGGAAUUUUACGCUCUGGUUUCUGCGGAGUUGCAGCGUACGGAUCUGGGGCUGUGGAAUGGCAGCGAUAGCUACAGACAAAACUCUGUUACUAUUGUGGAUGUGGUGAAGGCCAACAGUACAGUGUUGCACAUUGAGGAUGCUCUCGAAGCAACCACCAUGGACCAGAGUCCUCCAGCAGUGGGAGGAGCGUCGCUUGUGAGCAGCACCACCACCACAACAACAACAACCGUGCAGCAGCAACAGCCUCCACCCACUCGAUCCAGCAGUCGCACGCAUCUCUUGCGCAGUGUGGCUGGCCAACAACAGCUGUCACAGCCAGUGGAUCACGGCUCAUCCAGCGCCGGCACCAAUGAGAAUGCUUUAAAUAUGAUUAUCGCACAGCAAUUUAGUGAUAUAAACUCUGCUGACCCAGCAGCAACUGAUAAUCCCAGCAGCACCACUACAACAACCACAACCAGUGUGGUGGAGCAAAACACCACUACGAAUCACUCCAGUGCCACCACGACUACAACCACAACUAUGAUUAGUUAUGUGAAUGCGGUGCAUGGCUUGUUCCCUCUGCCUCUGGGUAAAUCCUCGAAGCUUCCGCAAAUGACCAAGGCCAAGGCCAAGUUUAAGUUCUUAGGCAAGUUCAUGGCCAAGGCGGUUAUGGACAGUCGCAUGUUGGACUUGCCCUUCUCGUUGCCAUUUUAUCGUUGGCUUGUCAGCGAAGAGCAUUCGAUUGGCCUGGCCGAUCUGAUGCGCGUGGCUCCGGAGGUGCAAAACACUUUGGUCCGUCUGCAGGAUCUGGUGCGCCAGCGAGAGUACAUUCUGUCCGACCCAAACAUCGAUGCCAUGGAGAAGACAGAAAAGAUUGAACUGCUGGACUUGGAUGGCUGCCCCAUAUCAGACCUGGGCCUUGACUUUGUACUGCCCGGACAUGCCAACAUUGAGUUGUGUCGUGGCGGUCGUGAUACACCAGUGACCGUCCACAACCUCCACCAGUACAUAUCGCUGGUCACAUACUGGUUCCUGAUCGAGGGUGUCCAGAAGCAGUUCGAGGCAUUGCGUGAGGGAUUCGAUUCCGUCUUUCCGAUCCAACGGCUUCGCAUGUUCUAUCCAGAGGAGCUGGAGUGCGUCUUCUGUGGAUCGGCCAGCGAGCAACAGCAGUCGCGGUGGGCUAAGAUGCUGCAGGACAGCUGCCGCACAGAUCACGGAUUCCACCAGGAGUCGCAGGCUAUUCAAUAUCUGUACGAGAUCCUGGCUUCGUACAAUCGCGACGAGCAGCGCGCUUUCUUGCAGUUCGUGACAGGGUCACCACGCCUGCCAACUGGCGGGUUUAAGGCCCUCACGCCGCCACUUACUAUCGUGCGCAAGACGCUGGAUGGAAACCAAAACCCCAAUGAUUACCUACCAUCUGUGAUGACCUGUGUCAACUAUCUAAAGUUGCCCGACUACUCCAGUCGCGAGGUGAUGCGGCAGAAACUGAAAGUGGCCGCCAACGAGGGCAGUAUGUCCUUCCACCUCUCAUAAGCAAGCAACGGAACAAAAACCAACUCUCCUUCACCAAUAACAUGAUCUGCAGCAACACAAACGGGAACUAAACGAAAUACUACAUGGGAUAUAUUCACUCGGCUAUAUUCCGCUAUAAAACUUCUGCAGCAUGGCUUAACUGGAUGGGUCUUAUUUGUUUGUUUUUCUUACGAAAAUUACUUUCGUCGCGCGCGCUUCUCCCCGUCCUUUAACUUUUCCUUUUUGGCAAGCGCGCGUCAUACUAAAUUUCAAUAUAAAUAUAUAAUUCAAAUAUAUUUUUUAUUACAAACUUUUGCAAAAAAGAAGAAACAAAAGAAAAGGACAGGAAUGCUGAAGGGGAAGAAGUCGACAUAUAAACGAAUGAUGUAUACACCCCAUACCUCUCCCAUAAAAUGUUACCUUAAAUAAAUUGAAUAGUAAAAAUGGAUUAUUCAAUAACCAAUCAUUUGUCCGACCGAAAACGAACAGAGCGGUGAACUCUCGAUCUAAGCGUUGCGUUCUAGUUAAAUUUGUUUUAGUUUGCUUUCCACCAUUAUUAUUAUUCUUCGCUAAUUCUAUACUUACUAUAAUCAAAUAAUUAUUUUAUUAAGUUUUUUUAUUUGUUAUGUUGAACUUUUUUCUCUGGCGUUUAAAUAUGAGUUUAAUUAAUUUGUAAGCAUCAAAUGUGCAUAAACGCUUAUUAGAAAACAAAAAUGAAUGAAUAUAGAAUGAAGAGGACUGGAGCAUUGGAGGUUGAAGAGUAGUCCUUAUAUGGAAGUGAGAAAAUUCGUCAUUAUUUACAUAUAGCAACCCAAAAUAAAUAAUCUAAACAAAAAACGCCCACCCUUAAAAGUUAAAUUUAAUGAAUUAAUAAUAUAUUAAACAAAAAUAUACCUUCAUAAAGUAUCUUGCAUGCCUACAAGAAAAUUGAAUGCAAAUUUUGCAAGCUGUGUUACAACAAAAAAAUAAAAACAAAUGCCAUCAUGGGUGUAUGUUUAAAUUAAACGUGAGAAAUUGAGUAAGGAAGAGUGGAUAAAACGAUGAUAGUGCUUAGAACACAUCCCUUCUACAUAAACUAUGCUAACAUAUAUAUAAAUAUAAUAUAUUUAAACUAACAUAACAUAACUUUAUAGUACUUGAAGCAUAUACAUACAUUUUUGUGUUGUCUAACAGAAACAAAACAAUGCUAAUAAAAAAUCUAAAAAAUGGAUUACCAUCAAAACAAAAGCGAAAUCGAUCUUACGUUAAAACUAGAUACAAAUCUUUGCAGUACUGAAAACUGAUUACUGAAAUGUGGUAUAUAUAUACAUACAUAUAACUAUAAAAUCAUAUAUAUAUAAAUUAAAUAAUUAUACCUAACUGAAACAAUGGCAUCUCCCGAGAUGCUGGUCAAGUUAUUAUAUAAAAAGGCUAGAAUUAAAUUAUCAAAUAACAGUAAUAUUACAUAAUACCUAUGUAGUUACAUCAACAAGUACAUUUGCUCUAUGAUAACGACAUGAAAGAAAAACAAACCAACCAAGCAGCAAACAAA